AUGAGUUACGCCGACGUUGCUGCCAAAGGACCCAAGCAGUCCCCGGAAGAGGCGUAUGUGCGUGCUCCACCGGUUCCCUCCCUGUCACAGUCUGAAUCGGAAGCUGCAAGCUUAAUCGACGUCGACUCGCCGCACGUCAUCUCCGUCAAGUCGGAUUUCCAAGAGCAGGACAUCAAGACAGAAACGCAGGCCGAGCGAAUCGAACACGAACUGGAGGACAAGGCUCGCGCCGCAAGACAAGAAUUCUCAGAGGAGGCCUCGAGUGCCAAGAAGAAGGCUGCUACGAAGGGAAAGCAAUUCAAGGACGAGAUCAAGACGGACGGACAGAAAUUGAGCGAAAACAGAGAUAACCCUGUUGUCAUUGGGAAUGCCAUUAUCUGGGGCAUUGCAGCUGUUGCCAUUGGCUAUGGAGCCUACCAGAAGCACACCGAGGGCAAAUUGGACUGGCAGCUUGCUGGAACUGUGGCCGCUGGCGUAGGCGCUUUUGCUGUCGCCGACUAUUUCGGCAGCAAGUGGCUUUUCGAGAACAAGUAUCCCCCGAAAUAG